AUGUCCACUAUCGAACAAAUCUUGGAGAAGUUCAAGGACGUAGCGGUCCGAGUCCCAUCAAUCUAUUCGUUGUCCCCUUCCUGGCAUCCAAGAGUGGUUCCAGACUUGAACGGAAAAGUGGAGGAAGGUGUAGAAUUAUGGCGCCAACGCUGGCUACUGGAGCCUACUGUUUACAAGCAGAUCCGGGCUGCCGACUGUGGUUACUUCACACGAGCUACGAGUCCAGAUGCCAACGUGGCGAACUUGCAGAUUGGAGCGAAAUUCAGUAGCUGGCUUUUUGCUUGGGAUGAUGCUCUUGAUUUGGGCAGCCUCAAGGAUGGGGCGAGACAACGAGAGCUAAUACGAAUUGAAAUGUUAAGGACCAUCCAGAAAGGCCUUUUGGGGGAGACUGUUAUAGAACAACCCCCUGACUGGAGAGAUGCGCCCCCUACUCUGGCCGAGUCGUUUUACGAUAUAGGAUUCUCGCUUCAAGAAGGCACUGAGCUUGAACCUCUCCAACAUUUCCUCUGCGACCAACUUUGUAGAUAUGUGGCAGGGGCAUUCAGAUUGGAAGAUGCGUUUCAGGACGGUAUCAUCAUGGAUCUAGACGUCUAUCUAGAAAACAGGAUGGAAAAUUCAGGUGUCUAUCAUAUGAUAGGGCAGUCUUUGAUUCUACAGGAUAUCACUCUCCCAGCUUGGUUCAUCAACCAUCCUAUUCAAAGGGAAAUGAUGAGACACAUCAAUAUCAUGGUAUCAAUGCUGAACGACAUUGUCUCUGCUCGCAAUGAAUUGCGCUACAAACAUGUCGAUAACAUAGUCCCUUUGCUCGUCUAUCAUCGAGGAUUGGAACCACAGGAGGCAGUUUAUCAGUCCUGUCAGAUUAUUAACGACAGCUAUGCCACCUUCGAGAGCCUUGUGCCGGAAGUUCUUGACCUUGCGUCUAAAAAUGGGUUAGCCGAGGGUCCAGCCUUUGUGACCUGCUGCAAAGAUUUCUACAUUGGAGCGGUGAACUGGCUGUAUGAAUUCUUCCCAAGUGAUCAAACGGUUUCUAGUCUGAACCUGACAAACUAUGGCAGAUACAAUUCCAAACGGUAUCACGAUUUUCGACCAGAAGAUGGGGAAACCGAAGCUUUAAUUCCCAUGUGGUAG